AUGAACACAAUAAACACGCCGAAACAAACAUUUCACAUACGACUAUCAACAAAUCAACCGAAAACCUUUGCAUGGUGGUCUCUUACGUUGUCAUCGCUUGGCGUUCCACCCACACCGGUUCUUGAUAGUACCUUCAUAUGGGACGGCACGGAAACGGCCAUAGCUCCACGCAUCUAUCGUCCUCCACUAAUCUGUGGAACACCGGAAGAAGCUCGCAAUAUGACGUGUAAAAUCGAAGAGGAAUGCAAAUGCACGCCAGCGGAGGUAAAAAUGCGCUGCAAUUAUUAUUGGAAACCAACCUAA